ACCCACUGCUGCAGAAGGCUGAAUUCCAAGGAAAUGUGCCCAAUAUCCAUGAAGCUGAGAUAAUCCUGAUGUAGUCCACCCGAAAGAAGCACCUCCCUCAUCUACUUUUACUAGUAUUCGACCUGCACGAGUUGUAUCUUCAACUUCUGAGGAAGAAGAAGCAUUUACUGAGAAAUUUCUUAAAAUUAAUUGCAGAUAUAUUACCAGGGGCAAGGGCACAGUCAGUGGUGUGCUGCUAGUUACACCAAAUAAUAUAAUGUUUGAUCCACAUAAAACUGACCCCUUGGUUCAAGAGAAUGGCUGUGAGGAAUAUGGCAUCAUGUGUCCAAUGGAAGAGGUGAUGUCAGCUGCAAUGUACAAAGAAAUUUUGGAUAGCAAAAUAAAGGAAUCCUUACCCAUAGAGAUAGAUCUCUUAUCAGGAAGGGACUUCUGCCAUUUAAAGAAAAUGACAAGAAGUAAUACUGAUGAAAUAGACUCAAGAAUCCGUGAUGCAGGUAAUGACAGUGCCAGCACUGCUCCUAGGAGCACUGAGGAGUCUCUUUCUGAAGAUGUGUUCACAGAAUCAGAACUCUCUCCUAUACGAGAAGAGCUUGUCUCUUCAGAUGAGCUGCGACAAGAUAAAUCAUCUGGUGCGUCAUCAGAAUCUGUGCAAACUGUCAGUCAGAGUGGGGUGGAAUGUUUGACAGUCAUAUCGGAGUCCACUAGUACAACUGAUCGUUUAACAUCUGAUCCUGGACAGUCUGCAAAUGAAGUUGGGACUCUUUCUCUUAAAACUGAUUUAAAUCUUGAAAUGGCCACUAAGAAAGGAGAUCAAGCUACAGAUAAUUUUCAAGAAAUAUCAGGUUCUAAAGAACAAACCACAAGUAUAAAAGGUAAUGCAGACCAAGAUCUUAAUGAGAACUCACUACACCAAGAAGAGGGUGAAAAAGGAAGUAUGCCUUGUGGUGAAGCAACAGAAUUUAAACAAAGGCAAACUGUCAGCAAAGGAAAACAAGGAAAGGAGCAAAAUCAGGACUCAGAGACAGAGGUAGAAGAGCUACGGAAACUCUGGAAAACCCAUACUAUGCAACAAACUAAACAGCAAAGGGAAAAUAUUCAACAGGUGUCAGAAAAAGAAAUUAAGCAUAAAAUAGCAACUGCAGAUAUCGAAGGUUCUGCACUUUUGAAAGAAAAGAGAAGGCAUCGGUUACAUAAGUUCCUAUGUCUCAGAGUUGGAAAACCAAUGAGGAAAACAUUUGUAUCUCAAGCAAGUGCAACAAUGCAACAGUAUGCACAGAGGGAUAAGAAACAUGAAUACUGGUUUGCUGUUCCACAAGAAAGGACAGACCACUUAUAUGCCUUCUUCAUUCAGUGGAGUCCAGAAAUAUAUGCAGAAGAUACUGGUGAAUACACCAGAGAACCUGGAUUUAUAGUAGUAAAAAAGAUUGAAGAAUCUGAAACAAAUGAGGAUUCUACUAAUGAAGCAGCAGCAAGAGAAUGGGAGGUAGUGUCAGUGGCUGAGUAUCACCGCAGGAUCGAUGCUCUAAAUGCUGAAGAACUGCGCACACUCUGCAGACGUCUCCAGAUUACUACAAGGGAAGACAUAAAUUCAAAGCAGCUUGCUCCAGUGAAAGCAGACCUGGAGUCUGAAUCUUUUCGACCAAACCUAAGUGAUCCUAGUGAACUCUUACUGCCAGAUCAAAUUGAAAAGCUUACCAAGCAUCUUCCACCAAGGACAAUUGGCUAUCCAUGGACCCUUGUUUAUGGGACUGGGAAGCAUGGCACAAGCUUGAAGACCCUUUAUCGAACAAUGACAGGUUUAGACACCCCAGUGCUGAUGGUGAUUAAAGACAGUGAUGGGCAGGUUUUUGGUGCAUUAGCAUCUGAGCCAUUUAAAGUGAGUGAUGGUUUUUAUGGUACAGGAGAGACCUUUGUCUUUACAUUCUGUCCAGAGUUUGAGGUCUUUAAGUGGACAGGAGAUAAUAUGUUUUUUAUCAAAGGAGACAUGGAUUCACUAGCUUUUGGUGGUGGAGGAGGAGAAUUUGCCCUUUGGCUUGAUGGAGAUCUCUACCAUGGAAGAAGCCAUUCUUGUAAAACAUUUGGGAAUCGUACACUUUCUAAGAAGGAAGACUUCUUUAUCCAAGACAUUGAAAUCUGGGCUUUUGAAUAAAUAGAAUGCUGUCUUAGCAGGAUGAUGGCCCAAACCUGACAUGGACAAGCAUUGUUUGGAAAGUUCAAGAAGCAAUACAAUGUAACAUGUCAUUCGUGCUUUAAAAUUAGUUGGUAUCAGCAUUUAUUACAGCUAUAAUUUUGGAAUUUAUUUUUAAAAUCAUGUUUCUGUCCCAGAGUUGUUUAGGUUUAGACCACGGCAUAGGUCCAUGGAGUAUAACAGCUUGAGUUUUGUCAGAAUAUUGGCAGCAUUUUGAUCAUAGUGACCACCUCAUCUACAAUCCAUGUUAUCUCAAGUCUCCUAAUAGGAUGGUGCUCUUUUGUUGAACCUAUUUUGGUUUAUUAUUUUUAAAACUAUAUUGAUUGUUUUACUAGAGCAGUCUAAUUGGGGCAUUGAGGGAAUGAAGACUAGAUACUACUGUAUAUGUGAGGUUGGCGCAGGUGACCUUUGGAUGUGCUCUACUUAUUCUUAUGAAGGAAAAAAAUACAUGCCAAAAUAAUGUAUACUUUGUAGACUACUGAGUUCUAGUUUUAAUUCACACUACAACAUUCUCUUUAUUAAUUUUUCAGGUAUUCUUAAUUUCAUUUUAAUAAAAAUGAAACUUGAGAAUUCUGGUUGUAAUAGACCACAACACACAUGAUCUACAGGUUUGGGCAAAUGUUUUAUCAUUGAAUUAUCGGGUGAAGAGUUAUAAAAUGACACAGGAGAAUGAGAACUUGGUGAUUCUACUGAAUUUAAUAUGUCAAGCAAGAAAAUAUACUAUUUACAUAUUUGUAGCUUAGCAGGGCAUUAUCAUAAGUAUAAAAACUAUGAAACAGAUGCAUAUUUCUUCAACAUAUUGUGUCAGGUAACCUGUUUUAUAGUUCUGUUGUUUUAGCCUUGUUACACACCAACUCCCAAAAUAUAGGUUCCUCUUCAAAAGGAAAAAAACUUGUGAUUUUUUUUGAGUGGUAUGUGUUAUUAAUUACCGUUAGCAUUUGCUGUUAUAAAAGGGCAGUGAUUAUAGUAGACAAUAUUGUAACUCAGUAGACUUGUUGCAUAUGCAAACUUACUGUCAAGUGACCUCAACAAAAAAAAAAGAAAAGCUAGAAUAUACUAGUAGUUCUUAUCCUCUUUUGUAGGAGACCAAUAAUAAGCCAUUGUGGCAAUAAUCCAUCAAUUUCAAAGCUUCAUGUUAUGCACACACAAAAAAUCCUGCUGUUAUACAUGUGACAGUGACCUUGUGCUGAAAUUUCAGCUAUUCCAGAUAAACAUUGUAUAUUAUCUUGUAAAUUAAUGUUUAAAGGUAGUUUUGUUCUUAUAGAAAGUGUUGAUUGCCAGGUUGCUUAUAGCACUUUAAAUUAUUCUAAAAAUGAAUUAUAAGCCAAAUAUGUUGGCUAAAGUAGUUUUAGUUGUAUAGCACUUGAAUAUAUUUAGACCUUUUGAAAGUUUAGAUAAUUAUCUAAAGAAAGCAUAAUAUUAAUGGAAAAGAAAAUCUGAUGUUCUAUUUAAUAUGCUAUUGCUGAAUAUGAAUAGAAAUGCAGGGCAUCACUUCCUUGUCUAUGUAAAGUUUUCUCAUUAUAAGUUAGUAACAGUAUAUAGAUUAAAUGUUUACAAUAUAAGGAAUUGUAAAUAAACAUAUCAGUUUUCCCCCACCUCUGGUCUUCCACAGCAGUAUUAUUGUCUUUGUGGAGUUGACUAAUCAUUAAAAAAAAAAAAAAAAUCCUGUAUUGGAUUUGAAUUACAAUAAAGUUAUAGUUGUGUAUACCAAAUAAAAUUAAAUACAUAAAUA